GUCUGAGAACUACACGCCGAGCAGCACUUGUUUUUGCUGUUUGUUACGCCACUAUCCUCUCUCUCUUUCUCUCUGGGGGUUUGGUACGUAACGUCGGCGCAUACUCCCCCUUCUUUUUAUCGCGGUUUGGUGACCCCCUUCUCCUGCCCGGUGGUAUCGUCCGUUCGAGCGAGCAGAGCCGGAGCGCAGUAACUUGCUGCAGGUCGCUUGGAGAGGGACACGCAGUGGCUCUGGACAACUGUACACUGUCUAUCUAUACUCAUUGCCCGCUCGCUGCUUUUUGCGCUCAAACUACACGCGUUCCGCACGUUUCUGGAAGCAACUUGGGAUAUACAACACUCCAACAAGCUGCAUGUCAGAGUCCAAGCUUGGCAGUUAGUGGAGAGGUCUUUACCAUGACAGCGCCCCCACUGGUCGGCCCGGGACGCUGCAGCAGGUGUGUGGGCACCAUGACGACCCCGCUGCUCCUCUUCCUCCUGCUCGUCUUCAUCAGGACAGGACUGACCCAGACCUCUGAGGAGCCCACAAGUCCGAAUCCCAGUCCUGCUCCAUUUGAUCCACUCACCCAGCCGGAGUGCACCAAGAAAGAGCACCCCAAAGUCUCCAUCCAAGCACUGAGUCCUUGGAUUUCCUCUUUCUCCCGCCCCAACGUGAGAGACUACUCCCAGCUAACCCUCGACCUCACGCGCAAUGAACUGAUCGUGGGCGCCAGAAACUACCUGUUCAGACUGGACCUCAGCAACAUGUCCCUCAUACAGGCGACUGAGUGGGCACCAGACGAGGAGACGCGCAGGUCCUGUCAAAGCAAAGGCAAAACCGAGAUGGAGUGUCAGAAUUACAUCCGAGUUUUGUUGGUGAAUAAAACGGAGGUGAUGACCUGUGGGACCAACGCCUUUCAGCCGCUCUGCACCACACGAGAGGUGGGUAACAUGAGCCGCGUGCUGGAGCGUGUGAAUGGCGUCGCACGUUGUCCGUAUGACCCUCGCCAUAACUCCACAGCUGUAGUGACUGAGUCUGGAGAGCUGUACGCUGCCACCGUCAUAGACUUCUCUGGGAGGGACCCGGUCAUCUACCGCAGUCUGGGACAUCUGCCUCCUCUACGGACCGCCCAGUACAACUCCAAAUGGCUCAACGAGCCUCACUUCAUCUCGGCGUACGACAUUGGCCUGUUCACGUUCUUCUUCCUGAGAGAAAACGCGGUGGAGCACGACUGUGGGAAGACGGUAUAUUCUCGUGUGGCGCGCGUCUGCAAGAACGACAUCGGGGGGCGCUUUCUCCUGGAGGACACCUGGACCACCUUUAUGAAGGCCAGGCUCAACUGCUCCCGGUCCGGAGAGAUACCCUUUUACUAUAAUGAACUACAAAGCACCUUCUACCUCCCAGAGCAGGACCUGAUCUACGGCAUCUUCACCACCAAUGUCAACAGUAUAGCGGCGUCUGCGGUGUGUGCGUUCAACCUCAGUGCCAUCACCCAAGCCUUCAACGGCCCCUUCAGGUCCCAGGAAAACCCGCGCUCAACAUGGCUGCCCACCCCCAACCCCAUUCACAACUUUCAGUGUGGGACUAUCUCUGAACGCGGUCCCAACGAGGGCUUGACAGAGCGCAGCCUGCAGGACGCCCAGAGGCUGUACCUGAUGAAUGACGUGGUUCAGCCCGAGACCACGGACCCUCUGGUGAUGCAGGACGACGUCAGGUUCUCCAGCCUCGUGGUGGACAUCGUACAGGGCAUGGACACGCUCUACCACGUCAUCUACAUCAGCACCGAAUACGGCUCUAUUCUCAAAGCCCUGGCCACGCCCAAUAAGAGCCUUCAGGGCUGUUACCUGGAGGAGAUGGAGCUCCUCCCACCUGGACAGCGGCAGCCAAUCCUGAGCCUCCAAAUCCUCCACAGCGACCGCUCUCUUUUUGUGGGCCUGAACGACCGCGUGCUCAAAAUCCCCCUGGAGAGAUGCUCAACCUACAAGACCGAAACGUUGUGUCUGGAGGCCCGGGACCCGUACUGUGGGUGGGACUUCAGACAGAGACGCUGCACCACUUUAGAGGACAGCUCCAACAUGAGCCAGUGGAAACAGAACAUCUCCAUCUGCCCCUUGAGAAACCAGACGACCAAUGGCGGCUUUGGGCCGUGGGCGCCGUGGCAACCCUGUAACAACGACGACGGUCUGGAGGGCGUGACGUCCUGUUUGUGCCGGUCCAGGUCAUGUGACAGCCCUGCACCUCGUUGCGGGGGGCGGAGCUGUGAGGGGGCCACCAUCGAAGUGUCCAACUGCUCCAGGAACGGGGGCUGGACACCCUGGUCGUCAUGGGGACAGUGCAGUACGACCUGUGGCACCGGGUUUGAGCUGAGACAGAGGUCGUGCAAUAACCCCUCCCCCCGACAUGGAGGGCGGGUGUGUGUGGGGCCCAGUCGAGACGAGAGGUUCUGUAAUGAGGGCGUGGCCUGUCCUCAGCCCAUCUUCUGGUCUCCCUGGGGCUCGUGGACCAAGUGCAGCUCCGAGUGUGGAGGAGGAGUGCACUCCAGAGUCAGGAACUGUGAGAACGGGAACAGCUGCCCCGGAUGUGCCCUGGAGUAUAAAGCAUGUAACCUGGAGUCGUGUCCGGAGGUGAAGAGGAACACACCAUGGACACCCUGGAUGCCCGUGAAUGUGACUCAGGGUGGGGCCAGGCAGGAGCAGAGGGUGCGGUACAUGUGUCGAGCUCAUUUAAGUGACCCCCACGAGCUGCAGAUAGGGAGGAGGAAAGUGGAGACUAGGUUCUGCCCCAACGACGGGACGGCUGCAUGUGAAACAGACACCCUUGUGGAGGAGUUACUCAAAGCCCCAGUGGUGCGGGUGGCGGGAAACACCUGGUCGUCGUGGGACAGCUGGUCGUCUUGCACGCAGAGCUGUAACCGUGGAUACCGCACCCGGCGACGGAGCUGCAGCGGGCCGGAGGGAAAGAGCGCCCCCAUAGGCUGCAGAGGGUCACCUGUGGAGUACCAGGACUGCAACGUACAGGCCUGUCCAGUGAAGGGCUCGUGGUCGUGCUGGUCGUCCUGGUCUCCGUGCUCUGUGGGCUGUGGAGGAGGACAUUAUCAGAGAACACGUUCCUGUAACAGCCCCUCCCCUUCUAAUGGAGGAGACAUCUGCAUAGGCCUGCACACAGAGGAGGCCCUGUGCAACACCCACACAUGUGACGGUGGUUGGAUGGCCUGGUCUCUGUGGUCUGCCUGUGAUGACUCCGGGCUUCAGAUGAGAAGCAGAGUUUGCGGCUCUCAGAAUGGGACUCCCUGUGUUGGCAACAGCACCCAAAGGAGAGACUGUAAUGAGAUACCAGUCAUUCUCCCAGCUUCAGGCUUUGAUAAGGACCAACAGUGCGGAGCGUUCACAUCGAUACACCUGAUAGCCACGGGCGUGUCCUGCUUCCUGGGGGCGGGGCUUCUGUCCUUUCUGGUUUACGUUUAUUGUCAGAGAUUCCACAAACCGUCUCAGGAAUCGGCAGUGAUCCACCCCACCACUCCAAACCACCUCAACUACAAAGGCAACACUACACCCAAGAACGAGAAGUACACACCCAUGGAGUUUAAGACUCUGAACAAAAACAACCUGUUACCGGACGAGCGCUCCAACUUCUACCCGACGCCUCUGCAGCAAACCAACGUGUACACCACCACCUAUUAUCCCACCGCGCUCGGGAAAUUUGAUUACCAACCCAACUCCUCCCCCUCCCCCUGCCGGACCUACAACCAUAGCAACAACACUAAUAGCAACAACAGCUGAGACCCGCCCCUCAAAAUACAGGCUAACCCCGUCUACGGCCCAUAGUCGAACAAUGUUACGCUUGGGACCUUUAGACACUUCUACUUGUGGAAUUACUUUGGAUUACUUCAGGAGGACUUGAAGCUACGACUAUUUUUUGCUAAAAAGUGGACCUAGUCGGACCAAGCAAUGCUAAAAUGCUAAAAGUACAGGCUUCGUAUGGCAAAUCAAGCUAGCCUUUUGGUUUCACUACAUUCUCAGCAGCUAAAGAACUAGAAAUGAACCUUGCUUUUGCUAUACCCAUGCUACAAAACAACAGUUUAAUAUAAGACUUAAUAAUACUGGAAUAUAUUGAAGCAAAAUUGUCGAGAAGGAGGACACAAAAUGGACAAUUGCAAAAAUAAAAACUCAACCAAGAGAUCUCCAAAGUUUUGAAAUGGGACAAAGUCGUACUGUUUAUAAUGCCUCGGGUGCCUGAACGCAGUAGGCAGGAUUGGCCAGCAGGAGGGGCCAGUGAGUUUUUUAUUCAUUUUUGUUUUUUUUUAAAGAACAAUAAAGACUCAAUUAAUGAACUAAUUGAUUGUACAAUUAGUUCAAUGUGUAAUCUACUGGUGGUCAUAUAUGAGAGAGAUGACCAAUGAAAGCGCUGUAAGACUGGACUAUGUGUUUCUAUGGCGAUAGAAUAAGCUAGUAGACUGGCACUUAUUGUUUUUGUUAUUUUUUUAAAGAGGUUUUGUUUUUAUGCUAAGACGUAGCAUAGGAGGACAUAUUUUGUUAAGUAAUUGUUGAUUAUUAAUGUUUUCUGAUUUGUUAGCAUCUUGGUAACAUUUUAUAUGUUUGGACAGAGAUUUACAUUUGUGCCAAAAAUAUUAACAAUAGCAGCUAAGUAAUCUGUGUUAUAAUGUUGUUUCUUCAUUACAAACACACCUGGAGUUGUGUUUUGGUUCAUUCACAAGCCUAAGUUAUUUUUUCAAACUGAAAACACUCUGUUCCACCUGGUGAUGUCAUCAAGUGGUAAUACAGGAAGUCCACUGUGUUUUUAAACUCCAUACACCUUCACUAGAAUCAUCUGGAUAAUUUCAGCCCUGGAAUUUCCAAUCUCCACUAAGCUAGAGGUAAAAGGAGCUGUUAACUUGAAAACUAACACUUCAGGACAUCACAAGGUGGAACGGAGCAUUUUGAGCAUUGGAGAUGUAGACAGACUAAUAAUGAAAGGUUACUUAAACAUGUGUAAAUGAAAUAAAACACAACUCCAGGUAUGUUUUUGAGGAGGUAACAGCAUUAUAACAUGGCUUAAAGCUCACAAGGGAACAUUUUGCGUAGUACAGGACCUUUAAGAUUUCUGUACUACAGUACUUCAAUAUUUGAUACCACUUUAUAACAGUUGCACCUACAACAGCCUUAAAAAGCAUGAACAAAGACAUAAUUCAUAAUGAACAAAUGGUUUAUAAAGAAUGAUUCUGUCUAAUGAUUCUAUCUAUCUAUCUAUCUAUCCCUAAACCCGUAAUCAAGUUGUACUAAGCCAGAACCAUUCUUAAUAAAUCAUUUGUUCAUUAUAAAUUAGAUAUUUGUUCUAUCUAUAUUAAAGCUAAUUAGCAUGCAGUUAUUAUAAUGUGUUACCAAAGAAGUCUUCUUAAAAUUUGCCAUUAUUUCACAAUCAGCAAUGGCUUCAAUCAUUAGCAUAAAGGUGGCUACAGAAAUGCUAAACCAUUUGAACAGCUAAUACAGUUUUAGGUCUAGGUUUAGUCCCAGUUUAAGCCCAGUUUUGAUGCUGUGACCCUUAUAGUCAAAAAGUAUAGUUUGCUAAAUGUUGACAGUACAAAUGAAUCCAAUACUAUGUUAGCAUCCUUUUGAGCUCUGUGAUUGGCUGAACACUAAUUAAGAGGCUGUUUUGCUCGUACAAUAUAAUAUACUAAAAAUAAAAUGAAAAAAAAUAACAAUAAUUGAAUCAAUAGUGGGAAAAACAACAUAUAUAUUUUAAAAUCUAGUCUAAAUUUCUGAGUAAGAUGAAUAUUUUUGGCACAGAUGUGAUUCCAUACAUAAAUACCACUACAAGAAUGUAUUAACUGUGUCAUGUUGUGGUUCAAAUAACAUGAAUGAACUGAAGCCUGUGAGUGCAUGUGAGCGCGGAUGGACCACAUGUUUUGACUUUGUACCCCUGAAUACACUGCAAAAACGCCGUUAAGAUGACUACAAUUCAGAAUAUUAAACUUGAUUGAAGUACGUUUUGGCUGAGUUACAUUUUAAAGCUUAUACGACCUCCAUUUCAUUUGUGAUGUCAUAUUUAUAACUAGAUUCCAGAUCUAUUGACCACUUGAAACCAUUCUAAAUCAAUUUAUAUUCUGAAUUUAACUCAUUUUAACUUAGACAUGCACCGUGUAACUUUCCUACAAGGGUUCUGCCAACUGUUUGUGUCCAUGGAGAUGUUAUUGCUUUGCCUUGAAUGCCCCACAUUAUGGCAUUAACCCCUUUAUUUCAUUACUUGUUUUGUUGCUCAAAAAUACUUAAAUAAAACAUAUAUUCUUGUGAGUGGGGCUCCCUUCUCCACAGAUCUAACCUUUACCUAGUGAGGUCAACUGCCAUGUCUUAUGCCAUGCAGUGAAACAUUAGGCAAAGCAAUAACAUCACCAUGGAGACAAGCAAGUGGCAUUUCUUCCACCGGGAAAGUUACACAGUGCAGAUUUAAAUAUAUAUUGCUAUUAUGGCAGUGUAAUGCAUUUGUACAUUUGAUUUGGUCCACUGGUUUUACUGACAGGGAGCUAUAUAAACUGCUCAAUGCUUGGUAAUAAAGGGCAUUUUACAUUAUAUUUGAUAUCGCUCGAUCGAUGAAUGCUAAGUCCACUUUUGUUUAGUGCACGACGCGAGGACUAAACGUGUGUAUAUAGCCAGCCUCCUGCAGCCCUGUAAAUGUUCCUGUAUAUUGUAAAGCUAAUACUGUUUGUUUAAAAAGCCUUAUAGUUGUUUAAAGAAAAUAAAUUGCAGCAGCUAAGUACACCCCGACCAUAAGAUUUGCAUGGGGACACCGCAGUCAAUUUGAACCAUAAAAACUGCAAAACAUAAAUGAAAUCCAUAUGUACAUGAACAAAAACAAACACGCAUAAUUCAUUAAAAAUAAAUACAUAAAAAAUUAUAAUUAAAACGAUGUAUUUAUCACAAUAGUAUUUUACACUUUACUACACAGAAUAAUAAGAUAAGAUAAGACAUUAAUCCAUAGUGAGCUAAAACAUAAAUAUUAGUUUAAUACUUGACUCUGUGUACAAUAGUGCCCGGUAACCUCACUGUUAGCGUCACUACUUCCUGUCCAAUUAAUAAAUAAGAAUAAAGGAUUAAAGAUAAGGCAGUGGACAGUGGAAUGAGGAAAGAGAGAUGUUUGUGUCUCAAUGCUAAAGCUAAUGCUAAUUUUGAGGCAUCAUAACUGUUAAAACAACACCAUAAAUAUAACAAUGAUUGGGUAGCCUUUAUUUGAAUUAAUUUGAAUUUUAAUAGGUUGUUUAUUUUAUGUUUUCUGAUUUUAACAAAAGUUAGUUUUGAGACAACUAACAACUAAUGAAAACAAAAACUCGCAUGGAUAAUAUAGUUUGGAAAAAAAAAAAUCCAGUAUCCUAAUCUCAAAUAUAUUGAAUAAGUCAAAUAAUAUAGACCAACUAUUAACAAAUCGAAACACGUCCAAUCUAUUUAAAGGAGUGAGUUGAUCCUUCUUAAUAAAGUUUCAUUUCUGCAGUGUAACAAACUGAAAAACACAUCUUUGUUCAAAUACUUAAUGAGGUCAUUGUUAUUAAUCAUGGUUCAAAAGUAGUUGUUCAAAUUGCGGGCGGUGUCCCUUGCGACGUGAGGCCUGAGCCCUUCUAUGCAAUGUCCCGGUGUGCGUUUAGACCUGUAUGUAGACUGUAAUCACUGCCUUUUAGACACUGUGAAUUUUUGGUAUCCUAUAUUUUUGUAUAUUGUACAUUAUAAAGGAUAAUAAACCUUGAUGC